UCCCACUGGGUGGGGUCGGUAUAGCAAAUUUUUCUCUUCCAUUCUCUUCUAUCAGCCGUCAUCUCAACACUUACUCCUCUAUCUCUCAUAUUGUCACGACACACUCCAUCCAUGUGUUCUUCGAUCGACCUCUUCCCCUCUAUCUUGCACUAUCAUUUCCAUACAUCUCCUACUCACAUACAUCUUCUCUCUACGAAUCACAUGUCCAUAUCACGCUACCAUUGAGACAAUUGUCCGUACAAUAAUACAUACAACUGAGAUAAUUUGUAUUAAUUCGUGUGUAAAAGUAGAUGACAAGAUUCAUAUUGACGUGGACUUCCUACGAGAACACCAGUCCAAAUGUUCGCUCUGUCAUAAAAAUUCUAAAAAGCAACGCAUGCAUUAGUUUUGCAUUAUUUCUUUUAAGUUAAGACUAGAUGAGAGUAAUAUCGCACAUAGUUGAAUUUCCUCUGUGUACGGUGCGCAAAGAAUCACAGCGUCCAACCGAAUUCUUUGCUUAAUCUCGUAUCUAUUGUCUUAUUUCAUCUUAAUAGCUCCAAUAAAUUAGAAGUAAGAAGAAAACCAGCAAGGCUUUAGGUUUCAAACUGUCCAAACCUAUCUGUGUUCAAUUUAACUAGAAAAUCGAUGGAGAAUUGGAUUUGCUUUUGCGUUUUAGUAAAACAUGAAAACAAAAAAGAUAUUUCAUGUGCUUUUAUUUCAAUUCGAAGAGUUUGGUUCAGUCUGGGUUUUAACACAUUUUUCAGUAGAUUCUUCCACCACAUCCACAUCCGUAUCCGGUUCCGGCGUAGCCUCCAUAGCCGAGACCGUAUCCAGCGCCAUAGCCGAGACCACCAGCGUAGCCGAUGCCUCUCUCAACGGUGAUGCCGACGGCGCCGUCACCGCAACCGUAGUCGAUGCCACCAAGACCAUAAGUGGGGAACUCACCAGCAACACCAGCAGUACCAAGGAAAGGCAGGUUACCGCAGACACCGACGGUACCUUCGUAUCUGUUCUCGGAAGCUACACCCAGACCAGUAGGAGCAGCAGAGGAGGUGACGACGGGGAGACCUCCUCCGUUAGAAGCUUCGAGAGCGGCAGCAGCGCCGAUAUCGUAGCCGUAACCACCGUAGCCGCGACCUCCGCAGCCACAACCACCGAGUCCAGCGCCGAAACCUCCAAGAACGUAUACGGCCAGUACUUCGGUGGACUAGGCGGUUGCGGUUGUGGAGGUGGAUGGAAUGGUUGGAACGGACUCGGUGGUGGUUGGAACGGACUAGGUGUUGGCUGGAACGGCAUCGGCGGUGGAUACGGCGCCGGCUGCGGUUCAUACGGAGGUGAGGGUAUCGGUAACGUUGGAGUCGCCGGUGAGCUGCCCGUUGGUGGUGUCACCGCUGUCGGCGGCCGCGUGCCCAUCAUCGGUGGUGUCGAGUACGGAGGUCCCGCCUGCGCCGCUGGUGCCGUCUCCAUCUGCGGACACUGCGCUCCCACCUGCGGAUGUGGACGUGCUGGUUUCGGUGGAUACUACUGAAAAUGUAAAGAAAGACAAUUCGGCAAUCCUCCAUUAAUUAAACUCUGAUCGAUGCAAG